GAUAUUUGUCAACCGGAGUCUUCAGCUUGAUAAAAUCAAGUUCUUUGGGUUUGAUAUGGAUUACACUCUUGCCGAAUACAAAUCCCCAGAUUAUGAAGAACUUGCUUUUGACACACUGAAGGAGCGCUUGGUUCACGUGGGGUACCCAGAAGAGAUUCUGUCAUUCAAAUAUGAGCCGUCUUUCCCGAUUAGAGGCCUAUGGUUCGAUCGUCUGUACGGGACCUUUCUGAAAAUCGAUCAGUUUGGGAAUAUAUUACGGUGUAUGCGGGGCUUCAAGUUAGUACAAGGAGAGCAGUUACGAGCGUUGUAUCCAAACAAAUUCAUCAAAUAUGACGAAAAACGUAUCGAGAUUAUGAACACUUUAUUCAGUCUUCCAGAAAUUCAUAUGCUAUCAUGCAUCAUAAACAUGCUUAUCAGUGACCCAACGCAUAUUCAACUCGACAAAGGUGUCAAGAAGGGAAAUUUGUAUAUGUCAUACACCUCGGUGUACGAGGAUGUGCGUGAAGCUCGAGAGUGGAUGCACGAGGGCGAAUUGAAACGGCGCACAUUGGCUGACAUUAAUCGAUAUUUGGAUCAGAACCCCAAGCUUUGCAGUUUAUUGGAUCGUUUACGCAGUAAUGGAGCUAAAGUGUUCAUACUAACCAACAGUGGAUUCAAAUACACCAAUGGUCUCCAAAACCAAAACCCUGGUGUUCAAAUAGCCAGUGAAGAAAACCUUGUCGAUCUGGAAUAUGCAGACGACAUCGUUCUCAUGUUCGAAGAGGAGGAGAAGGCGCAAGUAUUCUUGGAUGAACUGACCAAAGUCAUCCCGUCCUUUGAUAUGCACUUUGCACCCACAAAGUGUAAGGUCAAGCUUGUGGACGUGCAGUCACUGAACACGACCUUACGAUCCAGGGAGAGUUCUGAUCGUAGUGUGACAGAUGAGGCUAUCAUGACUCAUAUCCUGGAGCUACCGCGACCCGAUGGAACCUUGCGCAAGUGGACAUCAUACUUUGAUUACAUUGUCGUUGACGCAAAGAAGCCAGCCUUCUUCCAAGAAGGGACAAUCAUGAGGGUAGUAGCGCAGGAGACCGGCAAACGGAGCAUUGGACAUCAUAUGGGGGCUUUGGAAACUGGGCACGUUUAUUCUGGAGGUUCAUGUGAGGUGUUCUCAAAUCUUAUCGGAGCCAGGGGUAAAGAUGUGCUGUACGUCGGUGACCACAUAUUUGGUGAUAUUUUGAAGUCGAAGAAAACAGUGGGAUGGCGAACGUACCUGGUUAUUCCUGAGCUGUCCAACGAAGUUUAUGUGUGGAAAAAGAAAAAGGCACUGUUUGAUCGCCUUCAAGAGUUAGACAACAAACUGGAAAAUAGCUACCGUGAUAUGAACAUUUCUUCGGAAGCCAAACCAGACGUUGGGGAUAUACAAAGAGAGAUCCGGGAAGUGGCGCACCAUAUGGAAGAAUCUUACGGAUUGUUGGGCAGCCUCUUUAGGAACGGAUCUCGACAUACUUUCUUCUCAUCCCAAGUUUUACGAUUUGCGGAUAUCUAUUCGUUCUCGUGUAUCAACCUUAUAUACUACCCACUAUGUUACAUGUUUCGUGCUCCAUCGAUGCUGAUGCCACAUGAGUCCACCGUGUCCCACGAGGAGUCGCCAUUGGAUAGUUUCUACGACCUUGAUAGCACUCCGUGUGGGCUCGCACGUCGCACAAAAAAUCCACUCAGGGUGCCCAUUUAUCCAUACCCGUCCAAGGAAGGCAAAGUAUCGGUUUCGCGUUAUUUAUUUCAUGUAAAUUCGAGGAUGAAUGGUGCCGCUGGACAUACAGCAGAUAUUUUUACCAGAAAGAAGAAGUUAUUUUGCUGUCACUCAAAGGCGGGAAACUCUACAAAACUGGCAGU